AUGAUCGAUAUGUGGCUUGCUCGCCAUACUCCUGAAAACACUAUGCCGAUAAUAGAAAAGGUCCUGAAGGCCGUCAAGGAGACAUACGCUGACAAGGCUUACGACGGCUCCAUGGGAGUACUAGCGGUAGGGUACUGCUUUGGAGCGAAGUAUGUUUUGCGGCUUGCAGCUACCGAUGGGAUUGCUGCUGGUGCUGUUGCGCAUGGACUACUGAUUAGCAAGGAGGAUAUUGCAGGAGUUAAAAAGCCAGUCACUUUGGCUUGUGUUGAGAACGAUAUGUUCUUCCCCGAUGAAGUCAGAGAUGGAGGAAGGAAACAGCUACAAGAUAACAAUAUCGACCACGAAUUGAGGGUUUACUCCGGUGUCCCCCAUGGAUUUGCUGUCUAUGGGAGCUAUUCUGAGGAGCACAUAAAGACUGCUCAGAAACAGGCUUUCGAUCAAUUCCUAGAGUUCCUGGGUAAGCAUUAGCUGGGUAGCCGAGUUUCUGUUACUGUUAUCACUUUUCUUUUAUCGUUAUUGUUUCCGCUUUCCUUCGUCAAGAGUUUUGAUAGUGGCAAGGUUUUUGGUAGUGGUUGCUAGUAUUAUCAUACAAAUACCAAUCCGAAGCCUAGUUUGUGCA